GUGUUCAUUGGUAAAUUAGCCUCUUCCCUGACUCCUAUCCAUCUCUGUCAAACGUGGGCUUUACUUCUCCCUCUCACUCUCUCCCUAUCUGUUUAUAUCUUCCCCAUUUUAACAGACUUCUGUUUCCCAUAAAAGGAAAAAAAAAGAAAAGUCAAGGACUCCUCCCAAUCGUGCGCCUCUCUCUCCAGCCCCGUACUCACAUCCUCAUCUUUUGCUCUCAUCCCUAUGCUCUUUUCCCCCCUUUCAUCCUCACCCUCCACUCCCUGUUUCCAAGUCUGUGCUCUUAUUUGUAUUAGCAUUCAAACAUAUUCUUUCCUGUUUUAUCAUAUCCAUUAUUUCUCUUCCCUUCUCUUGGGUCUCCAGCAAACUCUCCACCAAAAGGUCCUCCUAAUGUCUUGUUAAUUCUGCUUUGCACACACAUCACUCUUUCCACUACUGCCUUCUCUAAUUAUCCAGUCUCCUCCCUGCCUUAGCUCAUUUUUAUCAUUCUGUGGUUUGUCUACGUGAAGUAUGGAAGACUUAGAUGCACUACUCGCUGACCUCCAAAUCACGACCACUCCACGUUGUCCAGUUUUACUAACAGAUUCUCCUGAGAAACCUCAGCCUGCUGAGACUCGACCUCCUCCACCGCCCUACGAUCCCAAGACUGCAAUGUCGAAUAAAACGUCCCACCAUGAGACCUUUCCAGUGGACAAGGACCAUCUCUAUAGCACUGUACAGAAAUAUCCUUUGCCUUCUGUCUCGCCAGCCUUGGGUGGUGGGCUGUGUGAAUUGGACCGACUUCUCAAUGAACUCAACGCCACACAAUUCAACAUCACUGAUGAGAUAAUGUCCCAGUUCCCUACUCGGGAUCCCAAUGAACAGAAAGCUGAAGCACAGAAAGAGGCAGAGAAAAGGGCCCUCGCUGCCUCCUCUGCCACUCUUGAGUUGGACCGCCUGAUGGCUUCCCUGUCUGAUUUCCACAAGCAGAACACGGUAUCACAAGAAGUGGAGGUUCCUGACUCUAAUAAAGGCUCUGAGGAAGUUUUCAAACCUGGAGAUACAGAAGACCCAUCAAGCCCUAGAGACACACUUGAUGUUCCUAAAGCUUUGGAGGACAUACCAAGUCCUAAAAGUUCUGAGGUGAUGUCCACCCCUGGGCAUAUGGAAGUCAAAAUCGACCAAGUAAAUUCUGAUAAAGUAACAGCUUCCCGGUUGCCUGACUCUGUGUCUGGUUCCAAAGUUCCAGAAGCCACAAGUGUUCCAAGGAGUGAUCUGGACUCCAUGCUGGUAAAGCUUCAGUCUGGGCUCAAGCAACAAGGCAUUGAAACGCACAGCAAGGGACUGUGUGAGAGCUGCCAACGACCUAUAGCUGGGCAGGUGGUUACUGCUCUUGGACAUACCUGGCACCCGGAGCACUUUGUGUGUGCCCACUGCCAUGCCCUGAUUGGCACUUCCAACUUCUUUGAGAAGGACGGACGGCCAUAUUGCGAGAAAGACUACUUUAUGCUCUACGCCCCACGCUGUGCCCUGUGUGACUUGCCAAUUGUGCAGAACAUGGUUACGGCACUUGGUCGCACUUGGCACCCAGAGCAUUUUUGUUGUAAAAUCUGCAAAAAACCGAUAGGGGAAGAGGGUUUCCAUGAGAAGGAUGGGGAACAGUAUUGCUCAGACGACUAUUUCCGGCUGUUUGGAGCUGUCUGUGCAGGCUGCACUGAGGCCGUGAAGGAGAGUUAUAUCUCUGCCCUGGGAGGCUUGUGGCACCCACAAUGCUUUGUGUGUCAUGUGUGUCACACACCAUUCAUCAAUGGAAGUUUCUUUGAACAUGAAGGCUUACCUCUAUGUGAGACUCAUUACCACUCUCGUCGUGGCUCGCUGUGUGCUGGGUGUGAGCAGCCAAUAACAGGGCGCUGCGUGGCUGCAAUGGGCAAGAAGUUCCACCCCCAACACUUGAGUUGCACUUUUUGCCUCCGACAGCUGAACAAGGGCACCUUCCGGGAGCAUGAUGGGAAACCUUACUGCCAGGCUUGCUACGCCCGACUGUAUGGGUAGGGCAGUUAGAUGGUUUCAGGAAAGGAGGGUCAUCUGAAAUAUCAAGCUUCACAAAGACUAUACAAAGGAUGUUGUGCAAGGCACCAGAUUGCAAGGCUCUGCAAGGGAAAGGGCUGGCUGCUCUGAAGGUCACACAAAAUGCACUGCUCAUCCAGCUCUGCAAGAAUCCACGUGCAAUUUUUUCUGCAGGGAAAUGGGCUAAAAGCUUUUGGUGUUGUACGUGAACACAUGCAUGUAAGGUCAAAUGGAGAAGGUGACAUCUGCUCUGCAAACCCCUUGGGCAUCACAUUAACUGGUCUUAUGGAAAGGAGCCAGCUGCUCUGCAAGCUUUGUGCAGAGUUCUACAAUAUAAAACAGCUGCUGUGCACACACUCCAAGGCUAUGUGCAAAGUUUGUCAAGGAGACUGAUCUCCAAGCCGUCUGAGAUCAAGACAAAGUGCAAAAUUGUGUGGAGGCGUCUGCUCUGCAACCUUCUGAGACUAAGUGCAAAAUUGUGCAAGGUUGGAGUCAGCGAAACUAUAGAGGAAGCAGACCGUGCAGCUGCAGGGGGGCCCAGGAAAUAUAGGGGGCCCCAAGAGGCUCUAAUUCAUAUACAAUUUCAGUAAAUAUUGGUAAAACAGGACAACCUCUGGAUAUGUUGGGGGCCCUAAAACUAAUUUGCUGUGGGGCCCAGUAACAUCUAGUUACGCCACUGAGAGGGGACAUCUGCUCUGCAAACCUUCUGAGGCAAAGUGCAAAGUUCUGCAAGGGAGGAGCCAGCUGCUCUGUAAACCUUCUGAGACAAAGUGCAAAGUUCUGCAAGGGAGGAACCAGCUGCUUUGCAAACCUUCUGAGACAAAGUGCAAAGUUCUGCAAGGAAGGAGCCAUCUUCUCUGCAAACCUUCUGAGACUAAGUGCAACAUUCUGCAAGGGAGGAACCAUCUGUUCUGCAAACCUUCUGAGACUAAGUUCAAAGUUCUGCAAGGGAGGAGACAUCUGCUCUGCAAACCUUCUGAGAUUAAGUGCACAGUUCUACAAGGGAUGAGCCAGCUGCUCUGCAAACCUUCUGAGACAAAGUGCAAAAUUCUGCAAGGGAGGAGACAUCUGCUCUGCAAAUCUUCUGAAACUAAGUACAAAGUUCAGCAAGGAAGGAGACAUCUGCUUUGCAAACCUUCUGAGACAAAGUGCAAAGUUCUGCAAGGAAGGAGCCAUCUGCUCUGCAAACCUUCUGAGAGUAAGUGCAACAUUCUGCAAGGGAGGAACCAUCUUUUCUGCAAACCUUCUGAGACUAAGUUCAAAGUUCUGCAAGGGAGGAGACAUCUGCUCUGCAAACCUUCUGAGAUUAAGUGCACAGUUCUAUAAGGGAUGAGCCAGCUGCUCUGCAAACCUUCUGAAACUAAGUACAAAGUUCUGCAAGGAAGGAGACAUUGCUCAGCAAACCUUCUGAGACUAAGUGCAACGUUCUGCAAGGGAGGAACCAUCUGUUCUGCAAACCUUCUGAGACUAAGUGCAAAGUUCUGCAAGGGAGGAACCACCUGUUCUGCAAACCUUCUGAGACUAAGUGCAAAGUUCUGCAAGGGAGAAGCCAGCUACUCUGCAAACCAUCUGAGAUGGAGCAAAAAGAGCUACUAUGCAUUCAUUGGUCAGCUUUCUAAAACCAAACAUAUGAUUGGUCACAGAGUUUCUGCAUAAGCCUGAGAGUAUUUUUACACACAUCCAAUUAAAAAGGGCAUUGUAAUCACAGUUGUAGGGUUGCUCCAUGUCUAGUAACCCAUAGCAACCAAUUAGAUAAACUGAUUAUAAAUGCUACUGUGGGUUACUAGAACUGGAUCGGGCUUUGUACCUGUUAUUACAUGAUAAUAUACUUCCAUAUAUUAUAUAUAUUAUUCCCAUAUAUUUCAGCUGCAUCCGUUGUCUGACAAGAGAGUAUAAUGUGCUUGCUCUGCUACACUAUACCAGUUAUAUCUAAUAAUGGCCUAUUUAUUUGCCUUCAGAUGCUGUUGAACUACAUGCUUUGCUAACGCUGCACCAGAGAUUGUGUAACUCAGUAAUAGAAUAAGUUACAGAUCAAAUCACUUAUCCAUAUUGGCCCGUUCUUUCCUUGUUACCUUUUUUGUUUUUAAUUUAUUUACUAGAAAAAAACAUGAUUUGCUAAUCUUUGCUAUAAAUUAUAGGUGCUGCUACCUCUACUGGCUGUCCAUUCCAAGUAACCACCUCCAUGUCUUCCAAUUAGGUUACCUGUCCUAAUGCCAUGGCUUGGACUUGCCAUCUGGCCAAUUCUGAGAGUGUAGUACAGGGUUCACGUAUAUAUGCAAUAAAAUGUCACUGUCUG